GUGUUAUUGGUAUUCACAUGAAAUGAUAGACUUUUCAUUUUUCUUUUUUAGAAAUUUUAUUGCUAUAAUUCUAAUUGUGAAUCCGUGUGGAUUGGAACAUAAAUAAUUUCUACAGCAUUUAUCUAUUCAAUAGUCUGCUAUUUUUUAAACCAGCUGAUUUUGAUAUUCAGUAUCUUGGAAAUAAUUUUAAUAACAAAGACUUCUAAAGUUAUAAAAUCGAUAAAAGUCUAUCCAUUUGCGGAUUGCGACGCAUGUAAAGCAAUGUCAAGGAGCUCAAACAGCAAAAGCCGAGUAUGGACUCCAAAAGAAUUGUCCAAAGUUCCUGUCAGCGAACUGAAAAGUAUUCGUGUUUCUAUCAAAAGGAGCAAUGUAUCCGGAGCUGGACCAUCCACAGAUCUCAUACGAGGUAUAGAUGAUCCUAAAGCAAUCAGUCAGUUGGUACAUUCCAAAAGAGAUCAUCAUUCAAACUGAAUAUUCAUGUGCAAGAAUUAUACCUUCACAUAAAUAUUACUUAAUAAAGAUGGAUGCAACUUUAUCAUAAAUAGUCUUGAUAAUUAAUCUGUUAACAGUUUGUAGACAUUCUUUUUCAGGAUAUUUUAGCUGCUUAAUAUUGAAUAUUAAGCUGUUCAAAGUAUAGAAGAUUCAUAUAAGGAUUGAUGAAGAUGGAUCAAACUGUCAAAUGCCCUAGAGUAAGUAAAUCAUCUACAAAAUAUUAUUUUCAUAAUGCUAUAAAAAUUAGCUUUGUUAGUUUUUAUUGAAUAUCACUAGAAGAAUAAAACCUUUAUACUCAAAUAGUUCAGUCAUAUUUGCAAAAAAUCUUGAAGAAAGAAGAAUGAAGAAAAAAGAAGACAAUCAGAAGAAAAUGUUUGUGUAGCAUCAGCGACCUCCAUUUCAUUGUGUCUUGUAAUUAGUUUUUGAAUCUAAUUAAGUUUACAUCUUAUAUUUUAUAUAGUUUUUUAUAGAUCUAUGAAUUCAUUAUAUUGUACUAUCAAAAAAUUGUCCUUUUUUGCUGUAAAUGCUUUCAAACGAUGGUCAUCAUGAAACUGAAUGGUUGAAGAAAGAAGAAAUGAAGGACCUGAUCAUCUGGAGACACAUUUUUUUACGAUAAUUAAUUUUUGGUUACUUUUCAAAAUGUGGUGACCUCUUACAUGAACAAAAAUUAUUUUUAUUUGUAGGUGCUCUCAGAUGUACGAUCUUUGAUAGAGAUGACAUUUUUGUCAAUCCAGAAGAACAGUUUGUUUCAGUAGAUACCAGGUAAUAAUUGAUAGACAAUGUCAUAAUUUUCCAUGAAUCCUGCAAAAGUAUAAGAUCAAGCAUUUUUAGUGUAACCGUAAAUCAUAUCCAUUUAUAAAUAUAUACAUCAUCCAAUAGAUAAAAUUCACUUUUAUGAUGAGAUUAAUGUCACAAGCCUACAUGGAAAAUUUAAAAUCUAAAACAAUGAUGUGCCAGAAAAAGAUUAAAAGAUUGUGCUCUCAAAAAUAGUAUCUGAUAAUUGAAUUGUUAAUAAGUUUUGAAACAGGCUAAUAACCAGUGUUGUCACUGAACUUUAGAUAUAUACAAUUUAUUGACAGGUUGGAGUGUUCCCCAUCAAGAAAUGCUAGCAGAUCUGCAUCAAGAACAAGAAGUAGCAGAAGCCCAGAGGACAACAGAAGAAAUGAUAGACGAGAUAGUAGAAGCAAAGACACGGGUAUGUAUACCAAAAGCAAAUCACUUAGGGGAUCCAAGAAUUAGCGAACAGACAGAGCAACGAAAAUGAGUGACAUGGUUUUUUGUGAUGUUCAUGUCAUAUAUAUAACAUCCAGGAACUAUAAUAUCUUCCAUUGACAAAAUCCUAAAUCAUUUUAGAGGGUGUUGUUGCGUGAUAUUGUCUUUUUGUCUCUAUUAAAUAAUUCGCAAGAUAUUCGUCAUAAUUGACGGGUUCUCCUCUUCACCCCACAACGUCAACGCGGGUAUUCUCCAGUAAUCGGUCUUGGAUCAGACACUGUUCCUCUUAGAUACACAUGACCUCCUAACUCUAUACAAGACUCAGAUAUGAUCUAGCAUCGAGUAUUGCUCACAUGUG